AUGACUGGAACACACUCUCAAGGUCAAGACCUCAUACCGUUUGAUCCUGAGAUUGAGAGAACAGUUAGGAAACAAAAAGGCAAACUCACUCACUCAUUGGAACAUCAAGAAGAUGGAGGUUUGGUUGAAAAUAUAAACGAGAAGAGUGACAAGAACGUUGGAGAAAAACAAUUAGUGCAAGAGGAAGCAAUGGAACGAGCACAACCCACUCAAGCUAUGAAGGAGUACUCCAUCCCAACUCUUUCCAACACUCCAUCAUUCGAACGAAGAUCCUAA